AUGUCUUCCUAUUUCUUUGCAGGAAAAAAAGACCAAAUGGCAAAGCAAUCUUCUGAUCUAAAUUCAGAGUGCAACAGAGAAGGUGGACAGUUUCAGUCAAUUGAAAGGCCAAGUCAGCCUCAGCAUCUUAGACCUGGGGCCCCUACCUCUAUACAAACACAGUAUCAAGGUAAUCAUUCAGGUGAGGGGGACUUCGCCCAGCAGCCCUCAGGGAGCUCUUCGCCCAGCAGCCCUCAGGGACCAUUUGCACCACCCAGUAGCCCCAGUCCAUUUGCUACCAGAUCCCCACUUUUCAUCUUUGUAAGAAGAUCCUCACUGCUGUCUAGAUCCUCCAGUGGGUAUUUCUCUUUCGACACAGACAGGAGUCCUGCGCCUAUGAGUUGCGACAAGUCCACGCAGACUCCAAGUCCCCCUUGUCAAGCCUUUAAUCAUUAUCUAAGUGCAAUGGGUAAGCAAGAUCAUGCUUCCAGGUGGGAGUCUCCCUCAAUACGUGAAGACAUGCAGCCGGAAAUAUGGAUUGCACAGGAACUGCGGCGUAUUGGAGAUGAGUUUAAUGCUUCCUAUUGCCCAAGAAGGGGUUUCUUGGAUAAUCCAGCAGUAAACCACCAAAUUGUUUUGCGCCUGUUACGUUAUAUCAUCCGCCUCAUUUGGAGACUGCAGUAA